GUGUGUGUGUGUCAGCGAGCGUGUGUGUGAGUCUGACCCGGUUUCUUCUCCGUGCUGUGGACCGGGAGAGCCGCUCUCUCCCCGCACCGACGGAUUCUUUAAUGACCGGAUUUGUAUUUUGCUGCGCGAUGUACAUGGACAGAAGCAGCCUGAGCAGAGGUCCCUCCUCCUCCAGUCCCAGUUUGCUGACGAAGAGUCUCUCUCUGGAGCCGUCCUGCUCGCCUUGUGGCCACAAGGUGGCGCUGGAUGCCGACACCCCCCAACAAGCGCUCUCUGACCCGGGGCCCAGCUCCUACUCCUCAGGCCCCGCCUCCCCGGACGGAGGGGCUGAGCUAACAGAGCGCCGCAGCUCUGCCGGUGGGCUGCUCCUGGUGAACAACACGGGGCCGCCGGAAAGACACGCUACCACGAUAACGCCACCGAGCAAGAGAGUGCCGCUGCCGGGGCCGAAACCGCAGGUCCCACCGAAGCCCCCCAACCUCCAGCAGCAGGCGGGAGUGUCCAGGCCACGCCCACGGGCACCUGAGAAGCCCCUCCCCCCUACCCCACCAUGCAGACCCCUACCAGCUGAUCCCCGGGGAGGUCGAAGUCCCCCCAACCGCACUGAUGGCACCGCCUCCCCCUCCUGUGUCCUGUCACUCAUCGGGAAGUUUGAACGGUGA